AUGUCUUCGAUUACAAAGACGGUCAUCGCUACAGGCACCUCGUCGGGCUUGGGAUUCGAAGCAAUCAAGCAGUUACUCCAGCAGGCACAGCCGUACAGCUUUAUCCUGGGUGCCCGUGACACAGAGAAGGCUCAGGUUGCGUACGAUGACCUGAAUUUCGACACUUCAAAGCACAGUGUCUCUAUCUUGCCCCUGGAUCUUUUGAACCUCAAGAGCGUGCAGUCGUUUGCUAAGCAAGCACUCUCGGAAUUGGGUCAAAGGCCAUUGAACUAUCUUUUCCUUGUUGCGGGCCUCGUUGCCAGCGCCGACGGACCGGGACCUCAUGGCUCGAAAUGGUGCGAAGCGUACGUGGUAAAUCAUCUGGCCCAGCAUUAUCUUACCCACCAAUUUGCUGAGGUACUGUCUGCCUCGCAAUCACGUAUCGUCGUUGUAUCUUCGGGGGCAAUUCGUAAUGUGAGAGGAGGCGACCCAAGCACUCUUGAUGUCGAUCUAAAAGCAAACUCCGGCGCGAGCGCAAGAGUAGCGUACAGUGCAUCGAAAUUCACCCAGCUUUUGGGUGCACAUUACUGGCGUCGUAGCCUCCCGAGUUGCAAACUCGUGGCUGUUUCGCCAGGUCUCAUCCCCAACACCAAGCUUGGCCAAAAUUCGGGCUUGGGAAUAUCUAUGGAUAUGCCCGAUGCUAAGACAGUGCCGGAGGGGGCCCAAAAUAUCCUCCGUGCGCUCACGGUCGAAAAUCUCCCCGCUGAUCCGGAACAGAUUUUCUUGACCAGCUGGGGUGAAUGGUGGCCCAAGGAUGUCUACGGUUUGAGUCUCGAUCUUGCGUUGCAAGAUAAGUGGUGUUUGAGCAAGGACGACAUUGAGAAGUCCGAGCCUGUGUUCCAGGAAUAA